AUGCUUCCAGGUGUUCGUCAGCCAUCUGAGAACUCAAAAAAAGCGGCGAACAAUGACGAUUCUUUGGUAGGUCCCGCGAAUAUAAUCGCUGCUGAGAAGUUAAAAGGCCAAAUGGACAAUUUGCGCGGUGAAGUGAAAAACCAGCCAGACAAUUCCAGCCCUCAAGGCGAGCUGACGACGUCGCCUGCAUCUUCGCAACAGCAACCCUCUCCCAAUGAGGUAAUGGAAGCUGCAGCAGCAACUGCUGGUCCUGUUGUUCCUCUUAUGAAACCACAGAUCAUAGCCGAAGCAGCUCUGAACGAGGAAGGAGGCAAGGAUGACAAGGAUGCUACAACUCUGCAUGAUUCCAUUGUACAAAAGGCACAUAAAAGUGCUUUGACAAACUCAAAGGCCACCAGUCCAAAAAAGCGUGGAACAGCAGCAAUUCCUUUAAUUAUGCUCAACCAAUGUGCAAGAGAACCCACUAAAACCACGCUUCCUAACAAAAUGACUGUGAUUUCGCAUUCACAGGGUAUUCCGCCCACCACGCAGAUGCACUUGCCAAAACAGACUAUACUACCGCAAAGUCCUUUAACGCAAUCAACAUUGACCGCUCGAACAUUAUCUUCACCGCGUUCUCCUGGUACAACUGUUCCACUGCGACGCUUGCUGGAUACGAAAGGACAGAACAAGCCCAGCAUUGCCUUAUCAUUCUCUUCACAAAAUGCUUUAAACUCACCAACAAAGUCAAAACUAAGGAGCGAACAAAGUAAUUCCAGCUGUUCAUCGACUCUUUCCGAUGGAGCAACAACAGCUAUAGCUCAGUCGCCAAUUACAGCGGGGUUAACUUCAAUUAAUCGGCCAAGAAGCGUAGAAGAAGCUGCAAAUGGUGCAAUAGCAGCUAUGAAAGAGCCGUCACAAUCAAAGUAUCCGAACGAGAUUAUUAUUGCUACUGAAAAAGCGCUAAAAACAGCGUCACCAAUAUUGCCAAGGAAAUAA